AUUUAUUUAUUAAAAACGUAACAUUGUCAUGGACAAAUUAAAACUGCAACUGAAAUCAAAAUAACAAAUGUGAAAUCUAAUCAUAUGAGUAUAGUUUUGUGUUUAAAUUUACAGUAUGAACGAUUUUUCAACGUUAGAAAAAACUAUAGUGCGCGAAUUGUCAUGUCGACUAUGUCUGUGCAACGAUAUCAUAAAGUUAAAACCCUUAAGCGCUGAAACGAAGCGCAAGAUUAAGAAUCUUUUCAAUAUAGUGAUUCGUACUGACGAUAAUCUUCCUAAAGCAAUAUGCCACGAUUGUCUGCAACAAGUGGCUUCGUUGCACUUAUAUUCGGUGAAAGUAGAAAAAACACAAAAGUUCUUAGAGUUUCACAAAAUCAAACGCGAAGAGCAAGAACACUUACAUCCAGCACCCGAAAAGAAGAUGCAUCCAAUAAUCAAAGCAUUAUCAUCACAAAAUAUUCAAAAUGACAAUAAAGAGGUUUUAGUAGAACCUAAAUCUAAAUCAACACCAUCAGAAAGACAACGAAGCGAAAGUCCAACAAAACAUAAAAAGAAAUCACCCGUAGAGAUGAAAUUCAUGGAAGCGAUGCCGUUGGAAGAAUUUGCAAAAGCGGAGCGAGUGGAUACGUCGCUACUUGUACAUUCCCCAAAGCCUGUUAAAAGUAUCAGAUCACGGCAAUCGCCAACUAGAGUAGUCCCGAAAAAAGUCAGCGAAGAAAUAAAUAGCAUUAACACAUGUGAUACAUUAGAUCCAAUAGUUUUAAUAGAUGGCAGACCAGCGAAGCAAGGUGCAGAAUUAGACAAACAAAUCACACUAUUUUACAAAAUGGAAUGUUGCAUUUGCCAUGGGAAGGGCUUCGAUUACAGAUCUCUGAUGAAACAUUACAAAGAGAGGCACGGUGUCCCCGGAUACGUUACGUGUUGCGAUAAAAAGUUCCAUUAUUUCUAUCCUAAGAAAAUAAUUGAACAUAUGGCAUAUCAUCUUCAACCAAACAUAUUUAUGUGCAAAAGUUGUCAUCGAAACUUCCAGACAUCUAACGAGCUGAUCGAACACGAGACUAAUGGUGGGCGGACGGAAGGAAGGCUGAACUGCCCGCAUUGUGAAGAGCGGUUCCCCACGUACCGUGAGCUGGGCCAGCACAUUAUCACUCAUCGUACAGAUAAGUCACAGUGUGACUAUUGUGCUAAAGUUCUAAAACAUCAUCAUAGAAAGAAGACCAUAAAUCAUAUGGAAGACUUGAUACUCUGUUCACAUUGUCUUCGAAGCUUGAGAAGCAUUGAAAAACAAGAAAAAGAAUCGAAAGAUAAGGUAAAGGUGAAAAGCAGCGAUACAACAAAGGCGGAAAAAUAUCGUAAAUUUUACAAAGCUUUGGAAAUUUCGUGCGACGACGACUACUCAACAGAAUAACGACAAGGGGAAAUACACAAUUGUAAUAUCUUGUCUGUGUACCAUGACAAUGUUAAAAUAAAUUAUUAAAUUAUA